UCGGGAACUAGCACGAAGCGUCCCACCCUCGGAAUAGUUCCGUCGACAUCGUUAUUGCCACCCGCAAAGUGCUAACUGCGGUCGAACCGUUGGCUUUUUGAGACAAGUGGUGAGGAUUUUUGUUUAAUAGGACGCUUACGAAGGUUGGGUAGCUUGACUGUCGCUGACCGUCUCAGUCACCCGUUAAGAGGUCCUCAAGUUGAGAGCAACUGGGCAUGAUGUACUUGCGUCUUUGUGAUGCACUAGCGUGACAGUUUUCCGUCAUCUCGCUGGAAUCAACAUUUCAUCAAGAUGAAUGUCGAAGACAUUCACCAUCUCUCCUCACCCAGCAGCCCGGCUGAGACUUGGACCAGUUCGGCCUCGGACUCGCCCUUGUCUCCCGCCGCCUUGAACUACGAUCCUUCUGCGCUGGAUGAAGCUUGCCGGCUGCAGGAGAACGGGCCAACAGCCAAGGACUGCGAAUCGAAGGCAGGCAAAGGGAAACCAACGUACCACCGCCACCCGAAGCCACCCUACUCCUACAUCGCCCUGAUUGCCAUGGCCAUCCGCGACUCGCCCGCGGGCAGACUCACUUUGGCCGAGAUCAACGAGUACCUGAUGAAGAAGUUCGCUUUCUUCAGGGGGCCCUACACCGGCUGGAGAAACUCGGUUCGCCACAACCUGUCCCUGAAUGAGUGCUUCGUCAAGAUUUUGCGGGACCCGGCCCGCCCCUGGGGCAAAGACAACUACUGGACUAUCAACGAGGACAGUGAGUACACCUUCGCGGACGGCGUCUUCCGACGGCGCCGCAAGCGUAUUGCUCGGAGCACUGAACGGGAGACCACCGAGCAGAAGCAGCAGAACAGCCGAGUACAGUCGGGCGCUGCUGUCAAUAAGCCGCGGUCCAAAUUUACUGGUCCGUUCAGUAUCGAUAGUAUACUGGGCUUUACGGAAAGCGACCGAAACCCCAUCGAUCAGAGAAGCAAUGAUCACGGCAAUCAGAGUUCGGUUUCAUCCAAACUUUGCACACCACCGACCCAGUCAUCACCUGAGCAAAUGGCUUCGCCCAAGUACCCCGUAAGCAAGGUGCCAACGAAUCCAAGAGGCACCUACAUGGUCUACUCUACCCCCCGAGGAGUGCCCAUUGCCUGGGUGCCACAGAUUCCAAAGUACUGUCCCUUCCCGUUACUUGGCGAUGUGCCGUUCCCUCACUCCACCCUGCCCGUCAAGAUGGCCGAAAUCUUCCACCAUCACCACCACCCAUACCAGGCACACAUCAAGAAGCGAGCAAGAAGCGACCAGGGCUCUGUCAGCGAUGAAGCCAGCGCAUCGCACGAUCCGACCUCUGUCGAAGUUGUCUGGCCGAUGAGACACCUUACUACAGAACAAUUCCCCUACCAUACACUUCAACCCUCGGUUGCAAAGUGCAGGCAAAGUCAACAGAGGGCGCCAGAAUUUCACAUUGACAGCCUUCUUUCUUGAACUUCACCUUUAAAUGCUUGCAAGGCCCAGAGGUGCAAUAUUGAAAUGAUUAGAUUUGAAACUAGAGACCGUUGAAGCAGUAGAUACUCUUAACAUUAAACUAACGAACUUAAACACAGAAGUACUUGCCUAUGAAAACAUCGGGCAUUCUAGUCUCAAAUAAAGUUGUAGUUUUGUCGCAGAAUCUGUACUCGAAAUAAUUUCGUGUCACUUCUCAUCCUGAUUUCUAAGAUAAUCUCUACUAAAGAGUAGAGGUUAUUUUCUAGGAUAACCUUUACAAUCACUUUACUUUCAUAAAAAGUUAAGAUUUUCAAAGCCUAAUGCAAUAUUUCAAAAAUUUGAACUAAUUAUGAAGUUUGCAACGAACACAGAUUGAAAAUGUACCAACGUGAUUUAAUAUUAUUGUGCUGUGCUUUUAGAAAUUUCUUUGGUAGACGGGGUUGUACCGUCUUUAGCAAUUUUUGUACCUUAUUAUCCCCUUCUGGGGCGUGUUCCUGAGAUCCUGACCAUAAACAUGUUCCUGCUUUGGCCAUUGGUGAAACCAAACGAGAACCGACCAAACGAGAACCAAAAGUUGGAGUUGGUUCAGCGCCGGUUCAAAAUGGCGGGAAAUGAACAGACAAUUUUUGUCGUCUCUCAUAUAAGUGAAUUAUACAUUCCAAUGUUUGCUGGUUUAUGCAGCAAAUCAAAAGGGAUAUUAUCUUUCAGAAUACGUGAAAAGACAGAGUAGCACUGGUAAGAAACAUGUCUAAUUCUGAGUGAAAAUGACGUUCAUCAACAAGGUCGUCUGCUUCCUUGGACCUUGUCUAUAUCGGAUGACGUAAGUACAUGACGUAAACAUCUUCCAUUGCGUUUCUAUUCAGGUGUCACCAAGCACACUUUUGUUUACCUGUAUGAUUUUGUACGCAAUGUCUUUUCCUGCAAAAACUUUGUGAUGGAGACCGUGAUGUUGUCAUAUCAUUAUGACAAUCACUAGGGAAGUGCCGGAAGGGAUCUUAAGUCUGAAAAUAAGUUUACACGAAUGACCAUCAAGUGUGCAAUUGAUCAUGUUGUAAGA